CUGACCUGAAGCCUCACAGGCAGGUCGGGCAGGAGGGUCGCGUGCUGUCAAUCCAUGUGGCGGGGUUUGUGGACUCUGGCGGCCCGGGCAGCACGGGGGCCUCACAGACUGUGCACGCGCCAGAGCAGCAGCACCCGGGUCCCGGGUUCGGGGACCACCAUCUUCGCACUCAGCUCGGGCCAAGGCCGCUGCGGCAUCGCGGUGAUUCGGACCAGCGGCCCUGCCAGCAGCCACGCCCUCUGGAGCCUCACUGCGCCCCGGGACCUGCCCCCAGCCCGCAAGGCCAGCCUACGCCUGCUCAGCGAUCCCCGCUCCCGGGAGCCACUGGACCGCGCACUGGUGCUUUGGUUCCCAGGUCCCCAAAGUUUCACGGGUGAGGACUGCGUGGAAUUCCACGUGCAUGGAGGCCCAGCCGUGGUGAGUGGCGUCCUGCAGGCCCUGGGCAGCGUGCCUGGGUUGCGGCCGGCAGAGGCAGGUGAGUUCACCAGGCGCGCGUUCGCCCACGGGAAGCUGAGCCUGACCGAGGUGGAGGGCCUCGCGGAUCUGAUCCACGCGGAAACCGAGGCGCAGCGGCGGCCUUUUUUCCUGUGGCGUCUCUCCGGGUAGCUGGGACACCUUUGUCGCGGCUGGGCCGAGACCCUCACCAAGGCUCUGGCCCACGUGGAAGCCUAUAUUGAUUUUGGUGAAGAUGACAAUCUGGAAGAGGGUGUCUUGGAGCAAGCGGACAGUGAAGUGCGGGCGCUGGAGGUGGCCCUGGGCGCACAUUUACGAGAUGCCAGGCGAGGACAGAGGCUCCGCUCGGGGGCGCACGUCGUAGUCACCGGACCCCCCAACGCUGGGAAGAGCAGCCUGGUGAACCUGCUCAGCCAGAAGCCUGUAUCUAUCGUCUCCCCGGAGCCUGGCACCACCCGCGAUGUGCUGGAGACUCCUGUUGACCUGGCCGGGUUCCCUGUGCUACUGAGCGACACAGCAGGGUUGCGGGAGGGUGUGGGACCCGUGGAACAGGAGGGAGUGCGGCGUGCCCGCAAGAGGCUGGAGCAAGCUGAUCUCGUUCUGGCCGUUCUGGACGCCUCUGACCUAGCUUCCCCCUCCAGCUGCAACUUCCUGGACACAGUUAUAGCCCCCAUGGGAGCCGAGAACCCCAGUGAAAGCCAGCGCCUCCUGCUGGUGCUGAACAAAUCCGACCUGCUGCCUCCUGAAGGUCCACGUCCUGGUGCCAACCUGCCCCGUCACCUGCUGUUGUCCUGCCUGACCAGGGACGGGCUGGACGGGCUCCUGGAGGCCCUGAGGAAGGAGCUGGCUGCAGUGUGCGGGGACCCAUCCACAGGCCCCCCACUCCUGACCCGUGCAAGGCACCGGCACCAUCUCCAAGCCUGCCUGGACGCCCUCACCCACUACAAGGAGGCAAAAGACCUGGCGUUGGCAGCCGAGGCGCUGAGGGUCGCCCGGGGACACCUGAGUCGCGUCUCUGGGGGAGGGGGCACCGAAGAGGUCCUGGACAUCAUCUUCCGGGACUUCUGCGUGGGAAAGUGAAGGCAGAGGGGAUGCUUGGGCCCAGGCUGUAUGGGUACCUGGAAUUCCCAUGGGGAUCUGGGAACAAGGGAUUCUAAAUUUGGUCCCAGAAUGAUAAAGUGAAAUAGCAUCGUUCAUUUAAAACAAAUAAUUAUUUAAUUUUAUUUAUUAUUAUUAUUCUUUUGUAAUUUGACC